UGUGAAGGACUAUGCUCCGUCUCCUCAACUACGUACAGGCUGCACCAUCGCCGUUCAUUUCAUAUAAACUAUCAAUUGGUUUACAAGUCUUCUUUGGAUGUAUCGAGGAGCACAACGCUCCUUCUCAAGCAACAGCGAGUGGAUAUUUAGUUCAUCAAGAAAACCCCUGCGUUUAACCAACAGCUGCAACGAAAAUCAGCGUCUCAUGAGUCAGAUCCAAAAACGUGGAGAAACUAUGGAUCGGUAGUAUGAACUCAACCGACUCAGGAAGAGAGACGCGGUCUAUCACUCCGACCUCGUUUCGGCGCUUUUUCUGUGGAAUUAAAGUACACUGACACCAAAGGAAUCUACACCUCACCUUCAACCAGAAUUCUAUCAGUUUCCCUGCACCGCUGUUAGGGAUGGCCGGGCCAGCUCCGUUUCCUCUGAUUUUGGUGUUGACUUUGUUUGGAGAUGUUUGGAGUGCGUCCUAUCCUCAACGCUACAAUCUUUACGCGAAUUCCCAGUCGCAGACGCAGACCCCGAACGGGGCUAGAGCAGCCAGCCGACACAGGAACUGGUGUGCGUAUGUGGUGACCAAGACGGUGAGCUGUGUGGUGGAGGACGGAGUGGAGACCUACGUGAAGCCCGACUAUCAGCCCUGCGCAUGGGGCCAGGUGCAGUGCUCUCGAGUGGUCAUGUACCGGACAUACAUGCGGCCCCGGUACAAGGUGGCUUACAAAAUGGCCACUGAACUCGAGUGGAAGUGUUGCCACGGUUACAGUGGUGACGACUGCAACGACGGGCCAUCCGGGGGUUCCGGAACUCAAAUUGGAACUGCAAGACCGUGGCCCAAACCGGUCCGACCCGGGAAUGGAGGUGGUACUGGCCAAGGCCAGGGUGGUGGAGGUGGAAGAGGCGAUAGUGACAAGAUCCGACAGCUAGAGGAGAAAAUCCAGAGCUUGACGAAAGACAUGCACAGCCUCCAGUCGACGCUGCGGGGCAUGAACGGGGCCAAGACUCCUGCCGACGCUGCCCAACCGGAGAUGAAAGAGACCAUCCACAGCAUCCAGACCAAACUGGACCAGCUGGACAACAUGACCCAGGCUCACGACAGGACGUUGGUUAGCAUCAACAACCACCUGGUCAACGGAAAGGGCAGCGGGAACGAACUGGAUGUGAUCAGUGGUGGUGGCGGUAGUAAUAGUGGUGGUGGUGUUGGUGGUGGUAGCGGUGGUAGCGGUGGGUUUGGCGGCGCUGGUGGAGGCAAGAUGAACUCACUGAAGGAAGAGAUCCUGCGGGAGCUGGAGAGCAGGGUGACGCUGUCCUGCUCGGCCUGCCAGUCGGGCGUCGAGGACCUGAGGCGGCAGCAGCAGCUGGAUCGGGAGAGGAUCCGCGCCCUGGAGAAACAGAUGAAUGCCAUGGACCAGCGCCACCGGCAGAGCCUGGAUGGCCUACGGAGAGAUCUGACCCGCACCCAAGGGUGCUGUGAUACUGUGACGGACCUCCGAGGAAGGAUCGGUGACAUAGACAGGAAAGUGAUCUCGACCUCCGGCGCAGUGGAUGCUAUUCAGGAUCGACUGGACAAGGAGCUGAAAGGCACAGGUGGAACCGGGGGAACUUCAGGUCCAAUGCGAGACCUUGAGAGAAGACUGAACAAUUCACUGCAGACGACAGGAGACAACUUUGCCAAAAUAGAAAAUAACCUAAAGGACCUCCGUGACAUCUUCCUCAACCGCUUCGACGACCAAGGCUUCCGGAUUUCAGAUGUGGAGCUGGAUGUGGCGGGCAACAAGAACGACUUGCAAGACUACAAGAAACGUCUCUCUCAACUCGAGAAUGCGACCAACCACAUGGACAAGAGGCUGAAGGACUGCACGGCGUCCUGCAGACCGGGCUCAAGCCACAUACCUGGGCGAGGGCACGGCGGGGGACGAGGGGACGGCGGGGGACGAGGGGACGGCGGAGGACGAGGGGAAAAUGGCGGACAGGGAGGCAAUGGCGGAGGGCGAGGAGAUAACGGAGCAGAUUCCUCAAAGUCUAUCGAGUGGCGAGUGAUCGCAAACGAGGCUGAGAUCAAGACCUUCAACACCCGUCUGAAGGACAUCACUAUGUCCGGAGAAUCGCUCAACGACAGGGUGGUUGACCUGAGCCACGACGUUCGCAAAAUCAAAGUGCUGACCGGAGACAACGGGGAACACUUCAACAGGAUCGUCACCGAGCUGGAGAGCUGUGACAUCUGCCACAAAAUGGAGGACGAGCUGAAGAAGCUGAAGAACGUCACACACCACACGCUGGCCAAGUGCAACACAGACCUACAGGACAUUAGAAACAGAAUCAACUCCGACGACACCGCUUGCUCUAAGGUGUGCUCCAACCUACAGGAAGAGGUGGGUAAGCUGAAAGAGGACGUGGCCAAAUGUGGUGGAUCAUGCAAGAUUGACCUAGGUCUUCCGGGAACAGGAACUGGACCAGGAAUUGGAACAAGACCAGGAAGUGGGACAGGGUCAGGAACAGUAGGAGGUCCAAAUGACCCAGAGAAACCGCUGGAUGGCCACAGUGUCAUCAGCGGCACAUCCAACACGAACCUGAAGUCGCUUCAGGGAGAGCUCUCCGAGGUCAUUCUGUCCUUCAGCUCCAUCAACGACACGCUGAAGGACCUUGAGCACACAGUGCAGAAGCACGACAGCGUCAUCACUGACCUGGGCAACACCAAGGACAAGAUCAUCUCCGAGAUUGACAAGAUCCAGCAGGAGAUCACCGAGCACAUUGAGGACAGCAAAGGACACUUUGACCAAGUCGACAAGGAUAUCAAGCGCUUCGGGAACAAUUUUGUGGUUGAGAUGGGUGACUGCAAGCGAACCGGAGACGACCUGGAAAAGAGGCUGUCCAAGCUGGAAGAUGUGUGUGGCCGCUUUGACGCUCUCUCCGACAAUGUCCAGAAGAUCAAAGAGGGCCUCAACAAACAUGUCUCUGGGCUCUGGACCUGUGUGAACGGACUGAACACCACAGUGACCUCCCAUGAAGGGUUCAUCGACACCUUCCAAAACACACAUCUGGACGACAUCCAUGGAAAGAUCAAGAGCCUGAAUUCCUCAGUGCGCCACGUUCUCAAAGAGUUCCAGGUCUUCACUGAGAAGGACUUCAUGGGGCCACCAGGCCCCAAGGGAGAGAGGGGCUUCGACGGAUUAAUUGGUGACCCCGGGCCAAAAGGACCACCAGGUAGAAUUGGACCACCAGGCAUAAUAGGGCUUCCAGGCCCGAUAGGACCUCCUGGAUACCAAGGUGAAAGAGGAAUGCCAGGGGCAGAUGCCAACGUGCCACGCCUGUCCUUCUCAGCUGCGCUCACCAAGCCUAUGGCCAACUCUGGCACUAUUGUCUUCGACAAAGUGUUUGUCAAUGAAGGACAGAGAUACGACCCACGCACUGGUGUGUUCAAGGCUCCCUUAGACGGAAGAUACUUCUUCAGCGCCAUCCUGACCGGCCACAAGAACGUGAAGCUGGAGGCCGUGCUGUCCAAGUCCAACUACGGCAUGGCGCGCGUGGACUCCGCUGGCUACCAGCCCGAGGGCCUGGAGAACAAACCAGUGGCCGACCUGAAGCCGACGCCCGGCGCCCUGGCCGUUUUCAACAUCAUCCUGCCUCUACAGGCGGGGGAUACCGUGUGUGUGGACCUGGUCAUGGGCAAGCUGGCGCAUUCGGUGGAGCCUCUGACCAUCUUCAGCGGCAUGCUGCUCUACGAAGACAUUUAAAGGAGUCGACGACCUGCAGUCGUAGCGGUGGACUCUGGGAUAGAUCUGGCCCCCCGGAUCAGUGUUGCCGGAUCACCGCCACAACUGAGCCAGAACUGGCCCAGAUCCGUUUCAGAGUCUGCUUCUAUACAAGAUGGCUAUGAUGAACACUGAGAGACUUCUUUCGGACUCACGGACAUUUGUGACGAUCAACGAAAACGACGGGGCCAGAAAAUGACACUAAAAGAGAUGUUUUAAACCCUCUGGGUGGCUGAGACGCACUUUGUGGACGUGCCAGCGCUCCCAGUCUCAUUUUCAAUCCCGCUAAUAUGAACUAAACUGCUCAAAGGCAGAAUAUAAUGUUAAAAAAACAAACAAGAAAACUUGCCCUUGAUAUUAACCAACCCAAAAAAUCAGAGAAGUUCUAUAACAGAUACUACUGCAGGAUUUAUUGUCAUGUUUUGUUACCGCUGAUAAAAUGUCUUGAUUUAUGUAAAUCACUUCCGACAUGGUUUAUGAAUACUCAUCCUCUAUGCGCCAAAGUUGACUGUGUGGUCAUAUCGACUUCCUGUACACCCAUCUGUUUGAUGUCCCCCUGCCAAAGAAGCUCGUCUCACAAUCUGAGUUCAAGAAUCAGCAGCUACUUGCUUAGCUGGGGUGGAAACAGGGACGAACCAAUAAUUGUCUGUAUCUUGAUUUUGUUUUGUUUUGGUUUGAUUUCGUUCUUAAAUGAAAGCAGUUCACAUUUUGUGUGUGAAUGUUGUUAUUUCUGUGCA